UUCGUUUGUUUUUUCUUUUUUUUUUUUCUUUUACCUCCAGGAAAACCCAGGAGCUGGGUUCUGAACCCAAGCGCCUGGGUUCAUCGUGGGUUCCUGGGUUCACGACAAACCCAGGAGCCUGGGUUCGUCUUAUCUUUUUCUCCAUCCUUUCCUUUCUCCGUUUUUUUUUUUCUUUUUUUUUUUUCUUUUACCUCCAGGCAAACCCAGGAGCUGGGUUUUGAACCUAAGCGCCUGGGUUCAUCGUGGGUUCCUGGGUUCACGAUGAACCCAAGCGCUUGGGUUCGUUGCGAACCCAGGCUCCUAGGUUUGUCGUGGGUUCCUAGGUUCGCGAUGAACCCAGGCGCCUGGGUUCGUCGUGAACCCACCAGUUGGGUUCAUUGCGAACCCAGGCUUCUGGGUUCAUUGCGAACCCAGGCUUCUGGGUUCAUUGCGAACCCAGGCUUCUGGGUUCAUUGCGAACCCAGGCUUCUGGGUUCGUCGUGGGUUCCUGGGUUCGCGAUGAACCUAGGUGCUUGGUUAAACAAAAUUCUGGAUAAUUGCAUCGAUGAUUACACGAGGAUGCCAUUUGUGCCCUCAAGUUCUGUGGAUUGUGGUUUCUUGAAGAACAUAAUGAUGCUGUUUUACGAAACGAUAAGGAAGGAAGUGGAGGACAAUCAAAACAGAACUGCAUCGCAUUUUGCUUGGAGGAACUACGAUGACAUUAAUGAGUAUUUCUCGAGCAAAAGGUGUUUUAGGAGUCUGAAGUGGCCAAUCGACAUGUAGAGCAACUUUCUCUAUACAGCUAACAAGAACAAUAAAGUGGGAAAGAUGGGGUUUGUGGACUAGAGGUCAUUUUGGAAUGUGUUUCGGAGCUUUGACAGGCUAUGGGUUUUGUUGAUUUUGUUUUUGCAGGCAAUGAUAAUUGUUA